CGACGACCACGACCACGACAACGACGACGACGACGACGACGACGACGACGACGACGACGACGACGACGACGACGGCGACAACGCGACAGUGACAACGAUCACUCCGUAUUCGUUUGAUGCAAGGGGCGUUGAUCAACCACUGGACAGCGGCUGGUGCGGCUGGUGCGGCUUGUGCGGCUGGUGCGGCUGGUGCGGCUGGUGCAUCUGGUGCAUCUGGUGCAUCCUGGCUGACGCAGUGUUUACCCGAACGGCAGGCGAUCAUGUCAGGGACUAGCUGAUGACCUUUCGAACAUCUGCAACGAUGUGACAAUAAAGUUAUCUUCUCCUAUAUCCUCUCUCAUAUCACAGGGUAUCGUCCCUGUGGUACACACAUACUAUAGUGCUUCCCAGAACAGAACAAUAACAAGAAAGUAUAAACAAUAAUCACCAGUCGAGUCGGUGUUUAAUGAAAGAAAGAAAACAGUGCCAAAAGUCGACGGACAAGCCAAUCAAAGUGAAUUUGACAUUGGAUUGAUUUUUCGAAAAGUAUCGACAGCGUCAGCAAUUGAGAAUCGAUGAUGGAAGAGAAGUGAAAGAAGAAGCAAGCUGCAAGGGAGCCUAGGAAACAGUCAAGAAGAGGCGUGAAGGGGAGGCGCGAAGGGGAGGCGUGAAGGGGAGGCGUGAAGAAUCACACAGGUUGGAUAAGAAAAUAAGAAGCAUAGAAUGGGCAAUAAGCUGUCUUGCAGUUGUGCUCCCCUUAUCAGAAAGACGUAUCGGUAUGAAGAUUCCCCAUGGCAGACAGGGGUUAGGGGCGGAAUGAGCAGCAGCGGAGGUCGCAGGGGUGAUACUGGCCACUUGCUCAGGUGCGGAAGCUUAAGAGAAAGGAAGAGGUUGUGGGCCGAAGUGUUCCAUGUGAGUGGAGGGGCAGGGACUGUUAAAUGGCAACAGGUAUCGGAAGAUUUAGUUCCUGUAAAUAUCACUUGCAUCCAAGAUUCGCCGGAAUGCGUCUUCCAUAUUACCGCGUACAAUAGUCAGGUGGACAAAAUUCUCGACGUGCGAUUGGUUCAACCAGGAACACGUAUCGGACAAGCGUCGGAAUGCUUUGUUUAUUGGAAAGAUACGAUGACUAACGAUACAUGGGGACUGAAUUUCACUUCUCCGAUAGAUGCUAAACAAUUUAGAGAAUGUUGCUCACCGUCGUUCAAGAUUUCAAGGAAAGCGUCCUCUUCUUACUCAUUGAAGCUCGAACCACCGAACAAGCAGAAGAUCAAAACACGGAGAAAGCCUCUAUCGACGCCGGCAUCGCCGAGCAGAUCCAGAGAGCCACAAUGCACUUGUAUGACCCCGGAACAAUUUGCCAGACUUCGAAGUCAAGAAGCUAGAUUCCGCGGUUUCUGCGACACUUCUACGCUUCCACGAACCAUGGCACGAUCCACAGAAAUGGAAAUGACACCGGGCCGCGACGAAAUAACGGCAGCAACGUCCAGCGCGUCUCUUUACGAUAACGUGAACAAUACGGCCGCAACACCGGGAAAGACGCCGAAAGUUACCGGCGGCGGUGGCGGCGGUGGCGGCGGCGGUGGCGGCGGCGGCGGGGGCAGCGAAUCGACCAAGCAGAAGGAGAAACAGAAUGAAACGUGCCAGACUACACCAAAGACGGCAAACGUUGGCAUUGAAACUGUUACCGUUGGCUCGCAGAUUGAUAGUCCGGAGGAGAAAGGAGGUAGUACAGUGUCGCCGAAAAAGCCUCAGAAACAAAGUCAAGACACGUCUACUCAGCAAAAUGGCACCGAAAUGCUAAAGUCGGAAGGCACGCAAGCCGGUGGUACCUUGCAAAACAAAUCUCUCCGGAAGGAACAAUUGCACCAUACAAAGUCUGCCGAUUACACGGAUCUGGAAAUGCAAAACGGCAAUAUCUUCAAUAUAGUGAAUAACAACCACGGCGCAAGAAAAUCGAAAAGCAAGAGCACAGACGACAUGAGGAUCGAGAAUGCGCAAAACGGUGGUAUCAGUCUAGACUCGAAUACUCUAAAGAGAAUGUUAAAGCCUAUGUCGAGUAUCGAUAGUCCUGUUACGUCACCAGAGAUGACCAGAAAGAGGAACAGUCACCACAGUUACCAUUAUCAUCCGAGCAAUAAUAACCAGAAGUAUGUUAUACAAGAAACUGAGAAUGAAAACUACGCGCAUCCGUAUCGAAGUCCGUAUAGUAACAAAUUCCAGGCUUCUAGAAGCGUGCACGACAUGGGACGUCAGUAUACUGGCGACAGAGGCAGGACCUAUUUAGAUUCGGAACGUAAUCGGUGCACAGGUGACAUGUCGCCGCCGUCGGAUAAUGUCAUCUUCGAUAAUCAGUGUUACGCGACCACGCCAAGUUCGUCAAAUGGUAACUCGGACAUGGAACAACCGACCCACUGUAAUUCGCGACGUUGUAACGGCGGCCAGACAUAUCAACAACAAAGCAUGCAAUCCGUUUCAACGCCUGGCAGUCCAACCAGCAGACUCCUUCUCGAGUACGAGAUGCAUUUAAGGAACACGUUGGCCAAGGGCAUGGAUGCCGAAAGUUACAGUUUACGAACGUUCGAGGCAUUGCUCACGCAAAGUCUCGAAAACUUGGAGUUUGCGGAAAAUAUACCGCUAAACGUACAGCGAACGCCUCACGUUUCACGAAGACGUCCCAUUUCCAACAAAUCAUCGACCUUGCCUCUCUCUUAUCGUUAUUGCAACGAAAGGCAAAAUAGUAAAGAUAGAGAUGGCUACUAUAGCGAUCGCAACGAAAUGAUACGAGAAAAAAGAGAGAGAGAGGCCGAUCGAGAUCGCGGAUAUCUUAGCGAUUAUAAUUCGAGGUGUGCCAGCUGCAUCGGAGAAUCGGCACGUGCUCAGUGGUUUCGGCAUUCGGACGGAUGGCAAUCGGUCAGUUCGACUCUCGGCUCUGAUGCUUCCAGUUCGAUAAAUCCAAGUUACUCGGGACAUAAACGCGACGGUCCAUGGGAUUCUCUUCCAUCGUUGAGGCAUGACAGCAGCCUUAACGAUAGCGGAUAUAAAUCCAAUCGAACCGAUUCUCUGGAACAAAGGGCCACUUUUGAUAGACAAGACAGCGUAAGAUCUGAUUAUAUGUCCGACAGGGACGGUAGAUACGGAAUCGUUCAACAAGCUUCUUUGGAGAGCACAGACUCGAGACUUUGCUACUUGACAUCCUCGGAGAUGUCGGACGACGACAGAAUGUCCCUAACUACUGCUGUAAGCGACGACGACGAUGGCGAAAGCGUGAUAAACUCGCCGUAUCGUGGAAAAGAGACCGGCACGGCUGCAGCUUCGUUCAAUUGUACGGGUGCAAUUCGAAAGGCUGGAUUUCUUAGCGUGAAAAAAUGGCUGUUACGGAAAAAACAUCAGAUCGAACUUGCGAGGAAAAGGGGAUGGAAAGGUUAUUGGGUUUCUUUGAAAGGGACUACGCUUCUCUUUUAUCCUUGCGAUUCGCAAGAAAGCAGAUCCAUGGAAGCGGCGCCGAAGCAUCUGAUCAUAGUCGAUGGCGCGAUCAUGCAACCAAUCCCUGAACAUCCGAAAAGGGAUUAUAUAUUUUGUCUGAGCACCGCGUUCGGCGAUGCUUACUUGUUCCAAGCGCCGUGUCAAGUGGAACUGGAAAAUUGGGUAAACAGCAUCCAUUCGGCUUGCGCAGCUGCGUUUGCGCGUCAUCGCGGGAAAACCGGGACUCUUCACUUGUUACAGGAAGAGAUAUUUCGGUUAGAAAAGGCAAUAGAAUCGGAUCAUAAAUUAAAGCAUAUGGCUGAUCUUCAGCAAUCUGUCGUUUCCGACGUGGAAACGAAACAGCAAAUCAACAAUCAAAUUGUACAGUGGGAAGAGAAUCUGGAACGUCUUCACUGCGAGCAAUUUCGUCUAAGGUGUUAUAUGGCUAGUUUACAAAGCGGCGAGUUACCUAAUCCUAAAAGUUUAUUGACGCACGUAUCUCGUGCCACGAAGCAAACGUUAAAUAAAUUAGGAGUGUUUACGGUGUCGUCGUUUCACGCUUUUAUAUGCGCGCGGAGCCCUUCGUUGCUGAACAACCUGCUGGCAGGUCGUGGAGCUACGAAAAGAAGGCCACCGUUGCUCUCGAGAUCCAAUAGCGGAUCCAGCAGAAGAUCCCUUCAAAUUUCAUCGAGAGACGAUGAGAAACCUGUCAAAGUAUAUGUACCGGAAAAUCAGCUGGUGUCUGUAUUUUUACGCGACGCUAUGACGGUUGAAGAAUUUCUGGCAAGUGCUUGCAACCGGAAAAAUCUCAAUCCUAUGGAACAUUUCGUUCGCGUGAAAAAGCGUCGCGACAUGGAAGAUCACAAUUACUUCGUACCACAUAGGACCGACUUGAUAGAAACUUAUUCGAAUACGCACGAGGUUGUUGAAGUUUGCGCAAAGAUCUUGUAUCAAGUUGAAUUACAAAGAAAUACUCUGGAACAAAUGUGGGGCUUUUCGGUGGAAGCAGAGUUAAUUGAAAAUUCCGAUAGGCAAGACGAGUUGUGUUGUUACGUUAGCAGAGUCGAGGAUAAAAGUGUGGCGAUGCAAAACGGAAUCAUUAAAGGCGACGAGAUCAUGGUGAUCAACGGUGCUAUUGUAAGCGACCUAGAUAUGAUGUACCUAGAAAGUGUACUGCAAGAAGAAAUCGGUCUCUGUAUGAUGAUGAGAUCGUCUCGAACCGAACCACCGGAUCUUACGGGUAUAAUGAGGGUUACCGAUGAUAUCAUCGAGAGCUUGGUUUGCCCACCACCUCCUUCCGAUCCACCGGUUAUAAGCGAAGAAAUGAUUUCCGGUCUGAUUGUCCCGGCCCCUGGUUGGAGCAAGGAAAGCAUUGCGCAGGAGUGUGCGUCAGCUUCGCACAUAGAAAACGGUAAACAAACGUCACGCACGAAUUCGUUCGAGAUUGAAAAUUUGCUAAAAACCGCCGAACAAGUGACGGGCAUCUGUCGAUCGCCUGGUGAAACGAGAAAAUCCAGUCCUACCGGAAGCGUCGUUAGUUCUCAUUCGCAAGCACUGACGCCGAGCCGGCAGCUAAGCGAUGCAGAAAAACUGAAAAAGGUCAUUCUAGAAUUGAUCGAGACUGAACGAACUUACGUGAAGAAUUUAAACAAUUUGUUGGAGAACUAUUUGGAGCCCCUUAAACGCGAAACAUUCCUAUCGAAUGCAGAGAUAAAUGCAUUGUUUGGAAAUAUUCAAGAAAUUGUUACCUUUCAACGACAAUUUUUACAAAAUCUUGACCACGCGAUCGAGAUGGAGGCUGAUUUCAAUAAUUUCGAUCAUCCGAGUCAGUUUAAGGGUGUCCUGUUUUCCAUUGGAAGUGCCUUCUUGUAUUACGUAAAUCACUUCAAGCUGUACAGCUCGUUUUGUGCCAGUCAUUCCAAGGCACAAAAGGUGUUACAUCCAAACGAAGGGAAUCAAGCUUUACAAGAGUUCCUGCAAGCAAGAAAUCCAAGGCAGCAACACUCGUCGACUUUAGAGUCGUACUUGAUAAAACCUAUUCAAAGAAUACUCAAGUAUCCGUUGCUUCUACAGCAACUUCGGAAUCUCACGGACGAACGAAGCGAAGAACACGUACACUUGAUCGAGGCGUUGAAAGGCAUGGAAAAAGUAGCAGAACACAUAAACGAAAUGCAAAGAAUUCACGAAGAAUACGGAGCUAUUUUCGAUCACUUGUUCAGACAACAUCAAAAGUCCUGCAAGCAGCCUAUCGACUUGAGCCCAGGAGAUCUUCUCUAUUACGGAGGCGUCGAGUGGCUUAAUAUUUCCGAUUUUCUUGGUAAAAUAAAAAAAGGACUAGAGCUGCACGCAAUGUGCUUUGUUUUCAAAUCUGCUGUCGUCUUUUUGUGCAAGGAAAGAUUGAGGCAAAAGAAGAAACUAAUGGGAGUUUCGACCAAAGCAAAUUCCAGCGAGGUAGAAAUAAUUCGUUACCAAGUAUUGAUUCCCGUGACGGAAGUUCAAGUACGGGCUAGUUCCGCUAAAGAUAUGGAAUCUCAUUUCUUAUGGGAAUUGAUUCACUUGAGAAGUCAAUUGCAAAGAAGAUCGGAGAAAGUAUACGUGCUGUCUAACAGCACGACAGAAUUUCGAAACGCGUUCCUGAGAACUAUUCGUCAAAUAAUUCGAGAAUCAGUGCGAAAUAUGAGUAUACCGUCGACGAAACAGAAUCUUAAUCAAACUCCGAUGACAAUUUCUCCACGAAUGUCUACCGGGCACGUGGACAAAUUCGAAAAACAGUCGAUCGGUCAAGGACAAAAUGGCGGCAAUAAUGGAACGGCAACUGUUACCGGAUCGCUGUCGAAGAAGUUGGUGAAACCACAACCAUUAUCGACUUCGCACAACGUGAAACGAAAAUAUAGUCAAUCGAAACAAACGAUGGAGCACGAAAGUUCCGAGGACAAGGAGAUGGAAGAGCCAGGGCCGAUUAAUCAACAGCAAACAAUCUUUCGCUCGAGAAGCAAGACCAUAAGCGACACGUCUGGAGAGGUGAAGCUCGAGAUGGAUUCGGGGACGAAAUCCGAGGGAGAGGAAGACUCGCAAGCUUUUUUAGGUGAGAAGAAGGCGAAUUUGGGCCGCACUCCGAAUCAUUUGACUUUGAGCACCACUUCAACCAUUUCAGCAGGAAGUACGGGUAGUCAGGCAAGAUUAAUCCAGUCCUCUCAUCAACCGGAAAACUAUCAACCCAUUACAGUCAAAGAGCUUGGUUCACCAAUCUGGAAACCGCGGGAAUUAUCCUCGUUUGGAGAAGCCACUACGCUACCACGUAAGGGUAAGUCGGCCAGCGAGUUUGGGGAUAUAAGCUCAUCUCACAGCGCUUCCCGAAAGUCUCUGAUAGAAAUCAAUAACUGUGCUCAACAAUCUAACUAUAAUAACAACAUUUAAGUUAAAUAGUUAUUAACACUGGCUAACAAAGUAUCGAGUUAAGUUUAAAGACCGUGAAGUUAAAAUAAAGUAACUGCAUAUUCGAUCUAUUGUGGAAAGAUUAACGCGCUUGCCGCCCACGCGGAAUGCUUCGACAUCGUUCCCUUUCUUCUUUUUUUCUUUCUUUCUUUCAUUCAUUACCCCGCCGUCGCACCCCACCCCACUUCCUCCCUUCUUUCUCAUUUCGUCUUCCAAAAUGUACGUCUCGUCGGACGUAUGUACUAUCAUUCCUUCUCUGUACAACCAACGAUUCAACUGUUUAACAGGAGAGAAUUUUGAAGAAGAGAGAGAGCUCCGCUUUUAACGGAAAAAUGUUUCGACGAAGAGAGAACGUUUCGAUCCUUACGACUGACAAUGAGAGUUUUAAAGAAGAUCGUUCAGGUUCUUCUAUCCUUCUUUCGGCAGAUUCGAAUAUUUUGCGUCUACUACAAAAUGGAUACGCGAUGCAGUUGUUGCAACAUCGCUGAAACCAUCUGUUACUACUUGUACUAAUAAUCGUAAAUGACUAAUCGAUUGCGACUAGACACGCAACUCGAUUAACAAUACACAAUAGAUAUUAUUCAGCCUGCAGCGCUACAGAGGAAUAAUAACGCAUCUUCGAAUAACGUAACAACACGGGAAAGCGUUUCAGGGCUCACGUUACAUUUCCAUUUCGAGAAUCUAUUUUUCACGUUCACUAGUUGUUGUUGCUGUUGCUGCUGUUGUUGUUGUUGUUGUUGUUGUACCUACUGAUACAUGCCAUACAUAACAGAUUAAUUGAAAUUUUACCUAGUGGUACAAUUGAAAUCAUUCGAAGCAACGGAGCCAUUUUUCAGAGUGAUCCGUGAUCCGCGAUCGUUUUAAAAUAAGCGUUCUUUCGCUCGAUUCGUUCGCAUUCGCACGAUUCAAACAUUAUUCUUAAUUGUUUUUCUUUCUGCGUGGACGGCAAUGCGGUUAUAGAGUAACAAACUCUGUAUAUAAUGUAAUAAUUAUAUUAUUAAUACCAAAAUAUUAUCGUCGUCGUCGUCAUUAUCACCAUCAUCAUCAUCAUCAUCAUCAUCAUCAUCAUCAUCUUCAUCAUCAUCAUUAUUAUUAUUGUCGUCGUCGUCGUCACCAUCCUCAUCAUCAUCGUUAUCAUUGUCAUCCUCACUGUUACCAUCGUCACUGUUAUCCUCAUCUUCGUUAUCAACAUUAUCAUCGUACUUAUCAUUACUGUAAUUAUCAUUAACAUUGUUGCCGGCCUUUUUAUUAGUAUUAUUAGAAUUAUUUAUAUUACCAUUGCAGUUGAUAUUAUUACUAUUUCAUUUGGUAUUAUAUAUAUAUUAUUAUCGUUACUAGCAUUAUUUUUAUUAGCUAAUGUUGCUACUACUACUACUAUCACACUAUUAUCACCGCCGCCACCACCACCACCACCACCACCACCACCACCACCACCACCACCACAACCACUACUACUACUACUACUACUCCUCCUACUAC